CUGAAAUUCGGAGAGCUCCAAGCUUGCUUUCAGCAAGUAGUGGGCUAAAGCGGCGCGAGAAAACGAGCCUCCUACUAGAACUAGGAGAUGAUUUCAUACGACACACCAAACUUGACCAACUCUCCGAUAUAGCGAGUUAUACUAUCACGCCAUGGCUCCUACAGCCCCCAUGAAUAUAAUACCGACCCCGCCGGCGUCAGGAUCUGAGAAAGGAGCGCCUCCGCCGUGGCAGCAGCAGCAGUUUCAAGGUGCACCGACGCCCGAGCAGGUCAAGGCGCUGCAGGAGGAGGACAAACGGAGGGCGGAGAUCAAGGCCCGGGCCGGCCAACCGAACGCGGGUGUGGGCGAGGUGGUCAAGACGAUCAGCGCCGACGAUUUUCUCAAGGUCCACCAGGCACCGUGCUCGCGAGAUGGGUUUCUGCAGGGCAUAGCCGCCGGUGCGGCGGUUGGUGGGCUGCGCUAUGUGAUCGGAGCCCCGAUACCUAAAUCCGCAAAUUGGGCGGUGGGAGCGUUCGUGCUCGCCGCGACAGGCUCGUACGAGUACUGUCAGUACAACCGGAGACUACAACGAGAAAACAUGAAGAGAACCGUAGAGGUAUAUACCCAAAGAGCAGCCGAGGCGAAAGCGAAACAAGAGGCAAAGAAAAAGGCCGAUGAGGAAGCAGAAGCCGCAAGAUUAGCAACACAGAAGAGUUGGUACAAGUUUUGGUAGUUUCGUCGACCAGGGCGCAGUUUUGAAAAAAGGGAUGGGAUGUAACGCUAUUGUGACAUUAUGUGUAAGUAUAUAGAAUAUUGCCAUUUCUGUGGUCAAUUAGUUGAAGCCGCCAGUGUUGCACAUGGGUAUAUAUUGGUAUUCAAAGAAGAGCAGCUUUUGUCAUAUGGCCUAUGCGUAUGCCUUCAUCUGCAAGCCAAAAGCGCCAUCUUUGUCAAAGCCGUCCGUUAUACAUAGAUGAAGCCAUGCAGGCGUCAACUCCAAGAUGAACUCAUCCCUUUAACCACGUAUAAAAUAAACCAGGUCCUCUCCGCACCGUUUGAACUACCAGGACCGGAAAAGAUGUUGCA